AUGCUGCCCCAUAACGAGCAAGAGGAGCGUGUCCUCAUCCUCGGCGCGUCGAGCGGCGUAGGCCACACCAUUGCCAAAAAGUAUGCCCAGCGCGGCGCCAAGGUCUGCGUCGUCGCGCGCAGGGCCGAUAAGAUUAAGGCCCUGGAGGCAGAGUGCGGCAAGGAAUGUCUGGGCCAGGUCGCCGACAUGACAGUGGUGGAGGACAUGGUCCGUGUGAGGGACGCCAUCAGCGCUGCGUGGGGGGGCCUGGACACCAUUCAUGUCUGUGCUGGCGUGUCUGCGCUCCAGCCAAUCCUGUCACUUGCUGGGUCGAGCUCUGUUGGAGAGGAUGCGGGUGCCGAGGGCAUUCAGGCGGCAGUCGAUAUCGCCGGUCGCGCUGUGCAGGGCAACUUCAACGGGCCUCUCGUCGCCGCCCUCACUUUUAUACCAAUGCUGGAACGCACCUCGUCCUCGCCCUCCAUCCUCCUGGUCUCCUCGCUGGCAGCACUCGUCCCCGCCCCUACCCGCGCCCUCUACGCUGCCACGAAGGCCUCAUCCCUCCUUCUCUACCAGGCCCUUGCCAUCGAGCACCCCCGUGUGGCCUUCACCUUCGUGCUCCCGUCCACCAUCGAGGGCAAUUUCCGCGCCUCGGCUGUGGAUUCUGGCCCCGUUCGGGAAGCUGAUCCCAACAAGUAUGGUCUGAAGACCGAGUAUGUGGCCGCGCGGUGCAUUGGUGCCGUGGACCGGCGUGAGACUGGGAGUAUCGUCUUGCCAUGGUUUCCUAAUAUGCUAGGUCAUCAUUUGUACUAUGUCUGGCCGUCGUUUGUGGAACGGAUAGCGGCUAAGAAGUACAAUUUCAAGGCUGCAUAG